GCACGAGAUCCAGAUCACGGCGCAGUAGGGCGACUCCUACCGCAAGCUCGACCCGAGACGCGCUCCGCGACCCGACACAGCACUUGGCUCCACAUUAUCCGGAGCGGAGAUGAACGGAACAGGCUCGUUUGGAGCCGGACGAGCUGGUUCGGCCUUUGAUCCCAUUGCAUUCGUUAAACAACCGCAGACCGUCCUGAGAAUACUGGCAUGGAUAUUCUCCAUGGUGGUGUUUGGCUCUAUAGUGAACGAGGGAUAUGUGAACAUGGGGAGUGAGCGGCUGCAUUGUGUGUUUAAUAAGAACGCAGAUGCCUGCAACUAUGCCAUCACCAUUGGGGUGUUGGCCUUUCUGGCCAGCCUGUUCUUCCUGGCCCUGGACGUCUACUUCCCACAGAUCAGCAGCGUCAAGGACCGAAAGAGAGCUGUGCUGCUGGAGAUUGGCUUUUCAGGGUUCUGGACAUUCCUUUGGUUCGUGGGGUUUUGCUUCCUGGCCAAUCAAUGGAGUCACACAUCCCCUCAAGAGCUCCCAUUGGAGCAGGCUUCCGAUGCAGCCCGAGCGGCAAUUGCCUUCUCAUUCUUCUCCAUUCUCACCUGGGCAACCCUGACGGUGGUCGCCGUGCAGAAAUUCCUUCUGGGGACCGACAUGACGCUCUUCACCUCCGAGCACCUGGUGGGGCAGCCACCCAAACAACCCUACCCGCCCAACGACGUUGGCCAGACCACCAUCCCAGUCAGCAACGCCUACCAGAGUCCGCCACUAAUCGAAACUGUGGAAACCCGCCCCCCCGCCUAUCAGAUCCCGCCGGCGUUUUAGGCGACAGCCAAUGAGGAGGAGGGGGAAGAGGGGGAAGACGCGGGAUUGGCUUCUUCACUUAUUGCAUUGUGUCGAUUUCCAUUUUAGCAGCGGUGGGAUAUUAGGCAGUGGUGAUGGGAUAGCUACUACUUGUCCCUAAAAUAUGCACUGCAGAUUAAAAAAAAAGAAAAUGUAGCCUGACUCAAACAGCAAAUACUACCAAUUCGGGGUGUUUGUUUAGUUGCUUAUCCAAAAGGUUUAAGUGUUUAUAAGGGAAAGAAGCAAAAACAUUGCCAAUCACGAUGUGCUAUUUAUGUAUUUCCUUAUUAUUUAUGAUAAAAAUGCCAAAAUUCCAGAUGUAGAAAAUAAUGAUUUAUUUACUGUUAUUUAUAAGCAUAUAUGAUUGUUUAUCUAGUGAUACAUUUGUAACUAUAUAGACUCAUUGGAAAAGCAGUAAUCACAGUACAUCAUCGUAACAGUCGGAGUGAAUUUUUUCUGUCAAACUGGGUUUCUGUUAACAGAAUUACUGUUGAUUUUGUAGGCAUAUGAGUGUUAUGUUCUUUGAAAGGGAAAAAACAGGAAGGAGAGCUAAUUAGCCACUGAAGGGAGGCGUUUGCAGGAGGGCGGCAUCAUUUUUUACGAACAGAGUGCGUAGGCAAAUGAUGCAAACAUUAGUCACCUCAGCUCACCUGUACGCGGUGCUGUUCCGCAUGUGUGUGUACGAAUGUGUUCAACGAUCAGAAAAUACAUUCCUUUAGAGUCCCAA